AAAAGAAGAGAUUCACACUUCGCCUUCAUUCUCAUUUUCACUUUGUUCCCACCAAAAGGAAACCCUCUCUUACACUAUAUAUGUGGUCCAUUUUGAUCUAGCUAAGCUUGUAACAUAAACAUAUAAAAGUAUUUGAGUUAGAUCUUAGAGAGAAAACGUUCAAAGGGUUCGUAAGUUAAACUCGAUCAUGGAUUACAACGCUUUCGAUUACACAAAGACGAUGAUUCCACCUACCGUGAUAGACCACAAAAAUAACGACGGCACGAACAUUAUUUACGGCAAUGACCCAAAGAAAAAGCGGUUGAGCACUGAGCAACUAGAUUCGCUCGAGAACAGUUUCCAAGAGGAGAACAAGCUUGAUCCUGACCGCAAAAUGAGGCUGGCCAAGGAGCUCGGCCUUCAGCCACGUCAAAUCGCGGUUUGGUUUCAAAACCGGCGGGCCCGUUGGAAGGGAAAGCAGCUCGAGCGCUUGUACGACAUGCUUAAGCAGGAGUACGAUGCGGUUUCUAGGGAAAAGCACAAGCUCGAACAGGAGGUUAUGUCCCUAAGGGCAAUACUCAAAGACCAAGUGCUGGCCAAGAAACAAGUUUCGACCAACUACACGGAAGUUUCCGGUGAGGAGACAGUCGAGAGCACGUCAAUCCCGAACUCCGUGAAGCCGUGUGGGCCCCACAACAUCAAUGAGGUCGGAGAAUGUAGCUAUAUUCUUAACAUCGACGACUACAAUCCGGCCAUGAUGACUCCAUACAGUUGGGCUGCCCUACCUUAAAAACCUAAUACGAUCUACUUGAAUUUUUAAUUAGGUAAUUAAUUAGUUAAUUAGUUAGUUAAUUAAUGGCUGCUUAAUUUGUUGUGUUCAUAUGGUUGAUCAUCACUUUUUAAUUUCUUGUGAAAGACUAAUUAAUUAGGGUUAUGUGGUGGUAUAAUCCUAGGCU